AGCUCUCUCUCAGUUCUCUGUAAUGAAGGUGAAAGUGAAAAUAGUUUUCGACUCAGAAACAGAGAAACUGCACCGUUACACUUCCUGCUGUAUCGGACUGAUAAAGGAGGAAUAUAUGUGUGUGUAGACAGGAGACAUUUUAAACACGGGGUUUAAACCUUAAUGAGAUAAAUACCGAAUAUGAGCCGCUCUGAAAUGUGGAAACGCUUCAGCUAAAGCAGCAGAUGUGUUUAUAUGAGGAACAGAGAAGGAUUUUAUUAGUUUGAAUCUACAGAAAGAGAUAAAGAUGGCGACUGCAAGCAAUGAGUUUAAACUCAUUGGUCCCAGUCAUAGAGAGCUGUAUAAUCGCUCUGCUGUCACUCUCUCAUGUCGUCUGUCUCCUAAAAUCAGUGCUGUUAACAUGGAGAUCCGGUGGUUUAAGGAGACAGACUGUGUUUGUGUUUAUAAGAACAGAGAGGUGACAGAGGGGAGAGGUUACAGGGGCAGAGUGAGUCUGGACACUCAGGAGCUGGAGAGAGGAAACGUCUCCUUACAGCUGAGAGACUAUACAGAGUCAGAUGAUGGAGAUUACCUGUGUCAGGUCACUGAUGGAGACAGAACACAGGAGAUUACAGUACAGAUGAGAGUGGUAAGUAAAUAACUCGACUUCACACUAAUGGUAAAGGCUGAUAUUUUAUAAACUUAUCACAUAUAUUAUAUUUUAAUCCAGGAAUCAAACAGAAACAUAAGAAGCAUUUUCAGAUCAUGUUUACGUGAAGGAGUCUGAUCAGUAAGUGAGAUUCCACUUCCAUCAGUCAGCUUCUUUCCCACAAUGCACCUGUGUGUAACCUCACUGCAGUGCAAUAAUGUAGACAGAGACGUUUACCAUGUCGAGUAAAAGACACAACAAACACACAGUAUAUAACACACACCACUGACAGACUCCUUCACAAUCUUACACAGAACCAGAGAUGUAUAAAAUAUAAAAUUUCCCAGGAUUCCUCUGGAUGAAAUAGUUCAUAAGGCAUGACCUAUAACUGUGUUCCUGAAAUGAAGAGUAACAUAACAUUUACUGACACUUCACAAUAAACAACAACAACAACAAAAACAUUCAUUGCAAAAUAGUAUUUUCCAAUAAAUCACAGGAUAUUUCUCUUCCUUAAGGGUAACUAGCGGUAUAAUAGCACAAUGCUACAUGAUACAGAUUUACUGUGUGUGAUGACUGAUUGUUGUCUAGUUUUCCUCUUUUUUAUUAAGACACACAUCAGCUGUGUUUUAACCAGAGUAACAGUUACUUUCACAUUUUCACAUGGAACAAUUCACAUUUGUAAUCAUGCAUAAAAUCUUCACACUGUUUUAUUUACUUUCACAGCGGUCAUGUGAGUAUAAAUCCCUUUUCUCUGCUAGUGAUGUCUUGAUGCUGCAUGAAUAAUAUAUUUAUUGUACAGAUGAAAUAGAUUAGACUGUGCUGUGUGUUCAGAGUGCAAUAGCACAUAGAUAUAUGAGCAUCAUGAGCAUAGUGUAGUGAACACAACAGACUGUGAUCUCUGGCAGAACAUUCAUCAUGCUGUUGUCUAGUUUAUCAUUUAGUGUUGUACAGACACAGAAAUCUGACCUACACACUGAUACUGAGAGCUAAAAAGCUGAAUGUUUUUGUUUGAAUGUGAUUUCAUAGCAAUAACUCUCUCUGAAAGUUCCUGAGACUGGCUAACAUUACUGUAGUGUGUAGAACUACAGAGAGAGAUGUGAGUUAGAGAGUCACACUGGAUAAUGCUGCAUGAAAGAGAUUAUAACAGAAUGGAAGCAAGUGAUCUGGUCAAUUUGUUUCUUACUGCAUUCAUACUGAAAGAUCCUGAAGAGAUUUUUCAAUCAGCAGAAAGAGGAGAGAAACAAUACAGUACAGGAUAAAAACAGACUUUUAGGAACAGUUACAGAAUGUUUAUAGCUAAUACUUUAGGAUGAAAUACAGAAAUACUGAAAAUUACAAUGCAUUUUUAAUCAUUUCUAAUAGUACUUUACUUUUUUUUCCACAUCCUCCACUAGAUAAAGACUUCUGGGAUCAUCAGAGUGACAGAGAAUGGACAGAAGAUGAGAGAAAGAAAAUGGAGGAAUCUGUUCUACUGACUGAACAUUCAACUGAUGAAAUUAAAGAGAAGUUCAGAAAGUUAGAAGAAACUGAAAAAGAGCUAAAAGACACUAAACUGGAACUGGACAGAAUUUCUAAAUCACUGGAACAUAAAGACCAGCCGCUAGAGGAUUGUAAAAGACAACUAGAGAAUAAAGAUACAGAACUGAGAAACAGAGAGAAAAACAUGGAGGAGAAGGACACAGUACUCCAAGAUACAAAUACAAAACUAGAGAAGACGACUGAAGAGCUACAGGAGAGAGAAAGAGCUCUACAGGAGAGAGAAAGAGCUCUACAGGAGAGAGAAAGAGCUCUACAGGAGAGAGAAAGAGUUCUACAGGAGAGAGAAAGAGCUCUACAGGAGAGAGAAAGAGCUCUACAGGAGAGAGAAAGAGUUCUACAGGAGAGAGAUCAACAACUGAAACUGAAAGACACACAGAUACAGGAGGCACAAAUACAAGUGGAGGAAAUGGAGAACAGACUUUUGGAGAAAGAUGAAGAAUUAAAUAAGAAAAAUGAAGAGCUGAAGAUUCUCAAAGAAAGUUUAGAGACUAAUGAGAAGACUCUUUCUGAGAGAGAUGCAGUGUUAAUGGAAACAAAUAAAAAACUUAAAAAUGCCACUGAACAGAUGAAGGAGAAAAUCUCAGAACUAGAGAAUCUGAACAAACUGCUGAGGGAGAAAGAAACACAGCUGAAGAACACAGAUAAAGAGCUGGAAACCAGUACAAAUCAACUGGAGACACUGGGACAGGAACUGCAGGACAAGCAGAGACAACUACAGGAGAUGAUGAUCGUCGUGGAGCAACAGAAAACUGAUUUAGCAGAAAAAAACAAAGAGCUUGAAGAGAAAGAGAGUCUUCUAACUGAGAGAGAGACACAGCUAAUGGAAAGAGACAAACAGCUUCAGGAGAAAGACAGACUUCUGACAGAAAAUACACAAACACUGCAGAUGAAAGAUGAGACACUGGAAGAGAAGGAGAAACAGGUCAGAGAAGUAAGAGAAGAAUUGAGAAAAACAAAUAUGACAUUAGAAAAGAAUCAGACACAGUUAAUAGACAAAGAGAGACAACUGGAGAGUGUGGUGAAAGAACUGGAAACCAAUAAAAACAAACUAACAGAAAGAGAUGAACAGCUUCAGGAGAAAGACAGACUUCUGACAGAAAAUACACAAACACUGCAGAUGAAAGACGAGACACUGGAAGAGAAGGAGACACUGCUCAAACAGACAAGAGCUGAACUGGACAAAACAAUGAAGGAAUUAGAAGACAGUCAGAGACACAUGGAGGAGAAAAACACACAACUAGAGGAUCUGAACAAACUGCUGAGGGAAAAAGAAACACAGCUGAAGAACACAGAUAAAGAACUGGAAACCAGUACAAAUCAACUGGAGACACUGGGACAGGAGCUGCAGGACAAGCAGAGACAACUACAGGAGAUGAUGAUCGUAGUGGAGCAACAGAAAGCUGAUUUAGCAGAAAAAAACAAAGAGCUUAAAGAGAAAGAGAGUCUUCUAACUGAGAGAGAGACACAGCUAAUGGAAAGAGACAAACAGCUUCAGGAGAAAGAUAAUCUUCUGACAGAAAAUACACAAACACUGCAGAAGAAGGACAAGACACUGGAAGAGAAGGAGACACUGCUCAAACAGACAAGAGCUGAACUGGACACAACAAUGAAGGAAUUAGAAGACAGUCAGAGACACAUGGAGGAGAAAAACACACAACUAGAGAAUCUGAACAAACUGCUGACAGAAAAUACACAAACACUUCAGAAGAAGGACAACAAACUGGAGAAGAAGAACACACAGCUCAAAGAUAUAGAAGAAGAAUUGAAAAAAACAAAGGUGAUGUUACAAAAGAAUCAGACACAGCUGAAGGACAAAGAGAGACAACUGGAGACACUGGGACAGGAGCUGCAGGACAAGCAGAGACAACUACAGGAGAUGAUGAUCAUAGUGGAGCAACAGAAAACUAAGUUAGCAGAAAAAAACAAAGAGCUUGAAGAGAAAGAGAGUCUUCUAACUGGGAGAGAGACACAGCUAAUGGAAAGAGACAAACAGCUUCAGGAGAAAGACAGACUUCUGACAGAAAAUACACAAACACUGCAGAUGAAAGAUGAGACACUGGAAGAGAAGGAGAAACAGGUCAGAGAAGUAAGAGAAGAAUUGAGAAAAACAAAUAAGACGUUAGAAAAGAAUCAGACACAGUUAUUAGACAAAGAGAGACAACUGGAGAGUGUGGUGAAAGAACUGGAAACCAAUAAAAACAAACUAACAGAAAGAGAUGAACAGCUUCAGGAGAAAGACAGACUUCUGACAGAAAAUACACAAACACUGCAGAUGAAAGAUGAGACACUGGAAGAGAAGGAGACACUGCUCAAACAGACAAGAGCUGAACUGGACAAAACAAUGAAGGAAUUAGAAGACAGUCAGAGACACAUGGAGGAGAAAAACACACAACUAGAGAAUCUGAACAAACUGCUGAGGGAAAAAGAAACACAGCUGAAGAACACAGAUAAAGAGCUGGAAACCAGUACAAAUCAACUGGAGACACUGGGACAGGAGCUGCAGGACAAUCAGAGACAAAUACAGGAGAUGAUGAUCGUCGUGGAGCAACAGAAAACUGAUUUAGCAGAAAAAAACAAAGAGCUUGAAGAGAAAGAGAGUCUUCUAACUGAGAGAGAGACACAGCUAAUGGAAAGAGACAAACAGGUUCAGGAGAAAGACAGACGUCUGGAGGAGAAAACAAAGCAGCUGCAGGAACAAACAGAUCCAGAAUCAUCAGCCCUCAUCAGGAGAAGACACAGCAAGGAAGGGUUACCUCCAGAAAUGAGUGGAGAGACUCAGGACUCAGCACCAAUCAGGAGAAGAAACAGUAUGGAUGGAAGACGUCCAGGAUUGGGUGGAGAAUCGUCUAGUCCUCAUUCUCCAGUGUCGGUUCCUGUAGCAGAACUGAGGCUGGUGCUGCUGGGGAGGACAGGAUCUGGAAAGAGUGCAACAGGAAACACCAUCCUGGGCAGAGAGGAGAAGAACCAGGCUGCUACAUCUACAGCUACAUCUACAGUCACCCAGCAGAGUGAGAGCACACAGGGGGAGGUGACUGGGAGGAAGGUGACUGUGGUGGACACUCCUGACUGGUUCUGUCCUGAACUCUCUCUGGAGAAGCUGAGACAGGAUGUGGGACUCUGUGUCCAUCUGUCUGCUCCAGGACCCCACGCCUUCCUCCUGGUCAUACCUAUAAAGCAGCCUACAGGAGAGGAGAGAGGGAUGCUGGAGAAAAUGGAGGAGAUCUUUGGAGAGAGAUGUUGGAGAAACACCAUGAUCAUAUUCAGUGUUACUGAUGAACUUCAGAAGAAGAACAUUGAGGAGUUUAUCCAGUCAGGAGACCAGGAGGUCCAGAGACUUGUAGAGAAAUGUGGGAACAGGUUUCACUGUCUCAACAUUAAGGAGAGUGGAGAUGGUUCUCAGGUCUCAGAACUGCUGGAGAAGAUAGAGAAGAUGGUGGAAGGAAGCAGAGAGAAUUUCUACAGCAGUGACAUCUACCUGGAAACAGAAUCUCAGAUUAGAGCCAUGGAGACAAAGAUCCUGAAGGAAAGAGAAGAGAAAAGAAAAAUAGAGGAGAUUAACAUAAAAGAGAAAAUUGAGAAGGAGGUGCAGGACUCUCUGAGAAAGAUAGAGGGAGUGAUCCAGGAGCAUGAAGGAGACAUCAGACAACUUGAUGACCGAACAACUGAACUGGAGAGAAAGAUGAAAGAAGAGAGGGAUGAAGAGAAAAAGAAAGAACUUGAGAAGGAGCUGAAACAAGAGGUAGAGCGAAGGACAGAAAUGGAAGAAAAGGUGAAGAAACUAAAAGAAAAUAGAGAGAGGGAGAGGAGAGAGAUGGAGGAGAGACACAAACAGGAGAUGGAGGAGAUCAGGGAGGUGUAUGAAGGAGAGGCCAUGAUGGAGGCAGAGAGAAAGCUCAUGAAACUCAUCCUGCCUGAACUCCAGAGAAAUAUUUUGUCCUCAAAAACAAAGAUGCAGGAAGAUUUCAGCAGACAGAUGGAGGAGAAGAACAGAGAGCUGGAGAGUCUUCACCACAAACUUUUGAAGGUAACAGAACGUCUCAGUCUGCUGAAAGAGGCAUACUAUAUAACUGUGUUGAACAUUACAAACCCAGAUCAGGAGUAAAUUUAGUGAAUGAGAAGGAGAAUGAGAUUAUCAUUAGAUGGUCGGGGUGGACAUUACACACCCCAAGGGUUUUAGUACAGUGGCAGUGCUGGUGUUACUUUUGUCACUUACGGUAUAGUAAGUGACAAAAGUAACACCAGCACUGCCACUGUAUUCUGUCAUUUCUCAUUAGGAGAAACUUUUCUUCAUAUACAGGCUCAUAUUUGUAACACAAAUUGAAGGAGUUGAUGGUUUGUGAAAGCUCGCUGCAUAAUCUCUGUAAUAAAUCCAGUGCAUCCUUAUAACCUCAUGAAACUCAUCCUGCCUGAAUUUCACUGAAACAUUUUGUCCUCACACCCAAAGAUGCAGGAAGAUUUCAGCAGACAGAUGGAGGAGAAGAACAGAGAGCUGGAGAUUCUUAAACAGAAACUUUCAGAUCUCACAGAUAUUCACAGUGUGCUUGAAGAGGUUUAUGAGAAAACGGUCAGAAAAAGCUCAGAACAAGAGAGAGCUGCUCUAAAAGGAGAGGCAUCGAAGGGAAUCUCUCAGAAAUUUAAAGAUUUGUUUCAGUGAGUAACAGAGUUUAUAAAGCUGCAGAGACUCACCUGGUCAGAAAUGAGGCAUAUGAGUGAUGAUGGACAUCACAGAGGAAGAGAUAGAACCCUAAGGAUGAAGAAAGAAGAUAAGAAACAGGGUUAAACAGUUUUUUUUCUAUGGAAACCCUGCAGGGGAAACGACCUAACAGCCAAUAAUUCUUAAAACAACAGGAUUUUUAAAAAUCAAGAUGGAUUGUCCAGUUGGCUACAAGAGUCCAGCACACUCACAAAUUAGUUGCAGAUUUAGUCAAUUCUGAUUAACAGUAAGAUUGUUACAGCUACUUUCUUGUCAUGCAGGACAACCUAACACAUAUAAUGAGUGGGGAUAAUUUAGAACAUUACACACACUGAAGAAUCACAUCAUGACCCAAAGUGUUUUAUUCUUCUUAUACAACAAUUUGAUACAAUUACAUUUUUAUUAAUUAAACAAGAACACAGUAAACUAUUUAUCUCUUUACAGCUACAUUUAAUGUUGAUGUUCAUCCUCAAAGCUGCUAGUUACUGUUCUCACUUACAUUAUAACAGCUUGGAGCAGUCAUCACCCUUUCUUUUCUCUCUCUUGAAAGGAAAAGAAACAAAAUUGUGUUAUAAAACCUGCUGAUUGUUUCUGUGAAUGCUGACGGUUUGAUGACAUGACACACACUUUUCUGUCCAGCAAAUUCUUUUUGUAUUGGUGACGUUUCAUUAGCAUCAUAAAAAUAUAAUGUGGUACGAUCAUCUGAACAUCGUCAGAACUACAUUAUAAAGACUCCUUUGAUCUUUCUAUAUUGCUGUAUUUGACAUCAUUUUACAAAGUAUUUCACAUUAUUGAUUAAAACUGCAGAUCCUUUGGAUUAAUAGUACUUUCAUAAUAUACUAGAAAAGAAUUGUCCAGAUUUGUUCAUUUCGCAAAAUAUCACCUUGUGCUACUGUCUGUAACAGAACAUUUUGAGACUUUUAUAUUGAAAAAAUAUUAAUCAGAAAAAUAUCAUCGUAGAGCAACAUCUCUGUGAAUCUUGGAAAUAUCUGGAAGGUUUGUCAGACUUUAUCAACUUUGGAGAACUUGAACCUUUUUACAUUUUGCCAUGUUGUUCAUGUUUUAUAUCUCAAUGAGAUGGAUAUUUUAUUUAAAAAAUUAUUUGUAAAAAUUUGUAUCAAUGUGUAUAUAUUUGUACAUUUGUGUAAAUACUGUAUGAAUAAAUUUAUAUAUGUAUGUAUGUCUGUAAUUAUUUAGUAUUUUAUUUAUAAAACCUGUUUAUAUACCACUCAGUUGUAAAAGAAUCACUGACUCUAAUGCUAGAGCUGAGUAUCCUGAUAGAAGAAGAGAAAAAAAAGAAAACAUGUACUAGAACAUGAUGUUAAUAUUUUAAACCCUAUAAUAUUUCUAAUUUGCUGAUUAGUAGAUUUUUUUAUCAUGUUACUCAUAGUCCUCAUUUAUAUUUUCCUCUAAUUUCCACUUAUUACAAACAAAAUCAUAAAUCAUUUUAAUAGAAUCAUUUUCCAGUUGCUCUUUUUCUCUCAGAAUAAAGGAAGGUGUAUUUUUUUUUAACUUCCUGUUUAAGACAGCUACAUGUUAAAUAGCCUCUGUUCUGAUUGGCUGCCCUGUAUCACACAUCCUUAAACCACUCGUCUAAGAUGAGUCUACGUUCUUUAUCUCUUCAGUGUAAAUGGCCGUGUCUAAACUGCUGUGGACUGAAUCACAGUGAUAUGGAAAUGUGGAAUCUUUAAAAGACUGGGUUUACAGUUUAGUUUGCACACAUGGACUGUAAUUAUUUGGGGUGAAUGAAAUUUUGUGGUACAUCAACAUUUUAUGAAUAAAAACUGUACCUUCUGUUCUCAUCUAUCAUAAAUAAUGCAUUUAAAAUUGUCAGUCUACUUCCUGUCAUGAAUUUGUUUCAGCUAUCAUAGAAGAGAAGAUCUGGGAAAGAUUACAUAC